CAGUCUCGCGAGAUGCGACUUGUGACGUCGGGUUUAGUUGUCCGGCAGGAGCCAAGUAGCUGGAUAUUAACGGCGUUGCGGGAUGUUUAAGCAGCGGUACGGGAAUGCAGGCUGUGUUCAGAAAAUCGGAACUGCUCCGCGUAAAGAGGGACUGCUGGGUGGAAAUACCUUCCUUGCAGAUUUGCUGUGGCUGACAUGGGGCAAUAUAAGACUCUUCUGUCUUCAUCUAUAAGAGCAUUUCAUCAGUAUAGUACCUACAGUUUAUUCUAUGAGGCCCUUCUGUAAAACAUGGAUCGAUGCAAGCAUGUUGGACGUCUGCGCCUUGCACAGGAUCAUUCUAUUCUAAACCCGCAAAAGUGGCAUUGUGUAGAUUGUGACACAAGAGAGUCUGUGUGGGCCUGCCUUAAAUGCUCUCAUGUGGCCUGUGGCCGAUACAUUGAAGAACAUUCUCUUCGUCACUUUCAGGAGAGCAGCCAUCCUCUUGUGAUGGAAGUUCAUGAACUAUAUGUUUUCUGCUACCUGUGCCAGGAUUAUGUCUUAAAUGAUAACCCAGAAGGUGAUUUGAAGCUACUAAGAAGUGCACUUUCUGCUGUACGGACUCAGAAGCAGGAAGCAUCCAGUCGAAGGAGCUUAAGGUCUCAAGUGACUGCCAGAGAGGGGGCUGGAUGUCACAAGACAUCACAAGGGCAACCACUGAUGCUCACUGCCUUGUGGCACAGGCGCCAGGCUCUACUAGCCAAGGCUCUGAGACUGUGGUUUGAGAGAAGUUCAAGAGGACAGUUAAAGCUUGAAGAAAAAAGGCAACGAGUUGAGCUAGAAAGAAGGAAAGAGGAGGCAAGGCUUAGGCGUCAGGAAGUAAAAAGGCGCCUUUUGGAAGAACUUGCAAACACUCCUCCAAGAAAAAGUGCUCGUCUUUUGUCACACGCAUACACAGACAGCCUAAUUCCCCAGAAAUUCAGGGAUAUAACAGCUAGCAGCUCAGCGUCACAACGGGAAGCCCGAAGGCGCUUCAACCAGCUUUAUUCAAUCAGGCCCACUGUGACCCCAGGCGUGACAGGUCUGCGCAACCUUGGUAACACCUGCUAUAUGAACUCUAUCUUGCAAGUGUUAAGCCACUUACAGAAGUUCAGAGAGUGUUUUCUUACUCUUGACCCUAAUGAAAAGGAAGAACUUUUGGCCAGAACAGGAACCAAUGGCAAUCGCCGUGUAGGAGAUGCUGGUGGAGGCCUUCCAGUUGGUGGAAUCGGGCUAAAUGGGGGGUCAUCUAUUACUAAAAGCAUGGAGCUGAUCCAACCCAAAGAACCUAGCACUAAACAGCUUUCCUUAUGCCAUGAACUGCACACCUUAUUUCGAGUGAUGUGGUCAGGAAAGUGGGCGCUGGUUUCGCCCUUUGCAAUGCUACACUCUGUGUGGAGCUUAAUACCAGCAUUCCGUGGCUAUGAUCAACAGGAUGCUCAGGAGUUUCUAUGUGAGCUUUUAGACAAAGUGCAGCAGGAACUUGAAUCUGAGGGCAGCAAACGUAGGAUCCUCAUACCCAUUUCCCAGAGAAAGCUCACCAAACAGGUGUUGAAAGUGGUGAAUACAAUAUUUCAUGGGCAGCUCCUUAGCCAGGUCACCUGCUUGAAAUGCAGCUAUAAGUCUGACACAGUGGAGCCUUUUUGGGAUUUGUCCCUGGAGUUCCCUGAGCGCUACCACUCUCAGGAAAAGGGAAUUGCUCCAGUCACCACUACUGAGUGUACACUUACUGAAAUGCUAGCCAAGUUUACAGAGACUGAAGCUCUAGAAGGAAGAAUAUAUGCGUGUGAUCAGUGUAACAGCAAGAGGAGGAAGUCCUCUCCAAAGCCAUUGGUGCUGAGUGAGGCAAAGAAACAACUUAUGAUUUUCAGGCUACCUCAAGUAUUGCGGCUGCAUCUCAAACGAUUCAGGUGGUCUGGACGAAAUCAUCGUGAAAAGAUUGGCGUCCAUGUAUUUUUUGAUCAAGUUUUAAACAUGGAGCCAUACUGUAGAAAUGUGCUGCCACCAUCUAACCCAGAGGCAUACCUUUAUGACCUCUCUGCAGUAGUGAUGCACCAUGGGAAAGGCUUUGGCUCUGGACACUACACAGCCUACUGUUACAAUACCGAGGGGGGUUUCUGGGUUCACUGCAAUGAUUCCAAACUUAAUAUGUGUUCAGUGGAGGAAGUAUGCAGGACACAGGCCUAUAUCUUGUUUUACACUCAGAGGAGUAACACGCAAAGCAGUGUGCAUGGCAACAAUACACAAACCAAUGCAGGGAUUCCUGAACUCAACAUUCCACCUCAGGCUCCGUCCAGUCCCCAUGAGCGCAGUCGGAGGAUUACAGUCCCUUGAAUUGGCAGCACAGAUGUUGGCACCGGCACUUAAAAUACCCCAGUCACUUUUUUCUACUGAAUAUUUGCUGUUUUUAUUCAUUAUGUCAGAAUAGUAAUACAAUAAAUGAUGUAAAACUAGUCCUCAUCAUAGGGACAUAACAGGUCCUAGGGCAUCAGUGUGUCAGUGCAAGAAAUUAAUUUUGGAGGGAUUUUAAUGGGCAGUAUACACCCUCUUUCACCAUGAGCUGAUUUUUGUUAUUUCUUGGACAAAACAAAAAAAACUGAAAUAUCUUUGAACAAAUGAGCCUAUUUAUAGGGGAAAAAAUGAAGACUAUUCAAUGGAAACAAAAAGUUAUAUGUACUGGGCUCAUUUUUAGCAAAGUUGUUUUUAGGUUUAUACUGCCCAUUUAAAAGUAAAGAUCAGCAAUGUCCUUUUUUUUUUUUUAAUCCAAACUGUUUGAAGUUGCUUUUAGAAUGUGCAGGAGAGACAGAACCAUCUCUUCAUUCCAGAUCAACUCGCCAGUAUAAAACGUUUUCCUUUAAAUACAGCAACCACAUAUGUUAAGUACUAGGUGAAUUCUUUAUAUCCAGUAAGUCAGCAGUAUAUUUCUUAUAAAUAGAAGUCUUAAUUGUUUUUACAUCUUUUGUUUCAAAACCAAAGUAAUUCACCCUCUCCAGUGAAUUAGCUAUAUAAUCUGCAGCUUGCUGUUUUUUCAGUCACUCUGAAUAAUUAACAGUUGGACAGAUUAAAAGGUAUUACAUGCAAGAACGAAGCUCUGAUUGCUUCCCAGUUAAUGCAGGACUUUCAUACAGUCAUUCAGUAUCUUUGUUACCUAGGUUUAGAAUCUAUCGGCAUUACCUAGUUUGGAAACUCCAUCUUUCAUGUUGUGCUAUUUUGUUAAGUCUUAUAACCUGAUGCAGUGGUUCAAGCCCGUUUGUCUUCUGACUUCAAGUACAGAAGAAAAAUGCAGCUUGAAUGGGACCGUGACAAAAUGCUAUCGGGAGACAUAAAGUCAGGGUUCUACUGUAAUUUAAUCAGUACCUUGAUCAAAAUGAGGAGGUCUCAAGGAUAAGGAAUCUUUUUAUUUUGUCUUUAUGGGGUCAUUUUAUUCUGUAUAUAUUUAUAUGGGGCACACCAAAGACCAGAUUUAGUUUGGAUUCAUACAAAUAUUGAAUACCUGGUUGAACUGAAACAUUAAUAACAUUGACCAAUUAAAGGUGACUUUUUUUUUAAUGCUGGAAUUUUUGGGGGAAUUUAGCUGAUUUGCAUAAACAUAUUUUUCAGCCAAUUCUUGGAUUUAUUUGUCCAAGUCCUAAAAUUUUGGAUCCGGUACACCCCUAUCUUUAGUAAAAUAAUUUAUUGUAACAUCCUUGCACACCAACAUUUUGUGGGUUGUCCCUUUCUUGUGUACCUGUUUAUAGUUUGCAGUGCUCUCCCCUUCAUUUUCAGUUUCUCUGAUGCCAAGCACAGAGAGUGGGCAUUACAUUAAAGUAAAUCAGUGGUCUACUAUUAACACUGCUUAGGGUACUGGAAUAUCUGUAUUUUACGAAGUCUUACCUUAUUGUGAUGGAUUGGAGGGAACAAGGUUUGAACCUUCCUUUCUGACUUUUUGAGGUCUCUGCAUUAUUUGCUUUAUUUAAAAGCAGUGAUGUAAAUGUUUGAUGCUAAUCUGUUAAUAUAGUUUAAAUAGUUUUUCUUUAACUACAAGUUAACUGUCUUUAAACCAGCAUUUUAUGCUGCAGGAGACUGCAUUUUCUCAGGGCCUUAUCAGUCUCUCCAUAGGCUCUUAUUUUGCAAGGCAUUCUACAUAUUUGUUACUGACAUGCCUUUUAGUUUAUAUAGGAAUUGUGGUAGUAUCCUAUAAAACACAGCCUGGAGUGGAGGUUUUAUUGGAUUU